UGGGAACUCAUGUCUAGGGCUCCCAGCAGCCUCUUUGCAGGCCAAUUUGGAAACUGUCCCCAGCCCUGCAUUUUAGGGGGUUACAGAGUCUCUCAGCAAGCCCUCCUCCCCUGCUGCUCCCAACUUCCAAGCCUGCACUGGUUGGGGUAACAGGAUGGUUCAAGGAGCCCCCUCUCUACUUUCCACUAUGUUCCCUGUGGGGAGGGAAGAGCCGUUUAAGGAAUAAGGUAUCCCAAAGGCGCACAGCAGACCGGGGACCGAGGCGUGGGUCCUGCUUCCCCUCUUUUUCUCUAGACUGAGCCACAGCAGGUCCUUGAAUUCUAUUUCCCAGCGGACGCCAGGACAGCAGCCCCUGGGGGAGUUCUCUCUCGAGCCUUUCAGAGGGACCAGAGGUCUAGCAGCCAAGGGGAAGUCAGAUUCCGUGACUGUGUGGGGCAUGAACUCUCCCAGCUGAGAAGGGGCACAAGGUGCCAACAGGGCCCAGUGGCCAAGGGCGACGCGGCUUGUAGAAGGGAGAACCUGGGCCCUGGUCUUCCCUUUCAGGGCGGGCAGCUGACCUGCCCCCUGCCGUGGACAGGCUUCCAAGCAUGGCGGAGGCCAAACCUUCCCAGCUGCCACCCACCCAGCCACGCUGACUUGGAAGCUUGAGCGUUCAGUGGCCUCCAUUCUGCCCGGAAGGACCAGGGACCUGGCCCCGGCUUCCCUGCAGCGCCCUCGGGGGACGUCUCAGUGCCUCCCGGAGCCCGGACCAAUGCACCAGAGCUGAGGGCCUAGAGGUGUUAGGGUGGCCGGGCAAUUGUGUGAGGACGACGCCCCACACGUUUGCGGCCAGGACCCAGUAAACCCCUAGGGGUGGGAAAGCGUCGGCCCAGCCAGCGGGUAAAGCCCCCUUCACCCGUGGCCCAGCGGCCACGACCCUGCGUCCUCAUCUCGGGCUGGGACCGCCUCUGCGUCUGGCCUGAGCGGGACUGUGGGAUCCCGGGGAGCCCCGCCUCGCUGCAUUGACGAAGCCCAGGAGGAGCGACAGUUACCGCUUCCGGUCAUGACCGGAAGUGCCGGGAACGGCAUUCGUUCUCCAUACGAGAGGACGCACUUCCUGCCUGGGGCGGCCGCUGUUCUCACGGCUUCCGGCAGGUGGCGCUGGGACCACGGGAAGCCGACCCAGCUGUCGGUUAGCCGUCGAGCAUUCUGGGAAUUGCAGGCCUGGUCCCUCCUCUUCCUGUUCUUCUGGGUCAAUUCCGGUCUUGGUUCUGCAACAAAUGCCGUCGUUUCCGGGGCCGCUUCCGAGCCGGACCCAAGGGCCGGGGCGUAGAGUAGAGGGACGGGCGCAUGCGCACAGGGCUACACGUCCCGGCAGGCGUCGGGAGUUGCGGCCCAGUGCCUUGUGGGAGUUGUAGUUCUGCAGGCGCGGAAGCCGCGGCGGUCGGCCGGCAGAGCACUCGGUUUCCCAGAGGGCUGAGCGCGUCGCGCAGAGGUGCGGCGCCGACCAAGAUGGAGAUGGCCGUGCAUCCUUGAACCGUUGAGCAGCUGAACAGCGGCAAUGCCGGGGCACUCCCAGGCCUGAGACGACCACGCUUGUGCCACUGAGGACCUUCAUAAGGGCUCCGUUCACCUGGCCCACUUGGCUGUCCAGUCACACUCCAGUGUCAACCACUGGCACCCAGCAGCCAAGAGAGGUGUGGCGUGGCCCUGGGGACCCAUGGCUGAUGCAGGGACAGGUGAGCCGUCCCCCAGCAUGGAGGGCGAACACGGGACGGAGUAUGACACGCUGCCUUCCGACACAGUCUCCCUCAGUGACUCGGACUCUGACCUCAGCUUGCCCGGUGGUGCUGAAGUGGGAGCACUGUCCCCGAUGGGGCUGCCUGGGGAGGAGGAUUCAGGUCCUGAUGAACCACCCUCACCCCCGUCAGGCCUCCUCCCGGCCACGGUGCAGCCAUUCCAUCUGAGAGGCAUGAGCUCCACCUUCUCCCAGCGCAGCCGUGACAUCUUUGACUGCCUGGAGGGAGCGGCCAGAAGGGCUCCAUCCUCUGUGGCCCACACCAGCAUGAGUGACAAUGGAGGCUUCAAGCAGCCUCUAGCGCCCUCUGGCCGGUCUCCAGUGGAAGGCCUGGGCAGGGCCCAUCGGAGCCCUGCCUCCCCAAGGGUGCCUCCAGUCCCCGACUACGUGGCACACCCCGAGCGCUGGACCAAGUACAGCCUGGAAGAUGUGACUGAGGUCAGCGAGCAGAGCAAUCAGGCUACCGCCGUGGCCUUCCUGGGCUCCCAGAGCCUGGCUGCCCCCACUGACUGCGUGUCCUCCUUCAACCAGGACCCCUCCAGCUGUGGGGAGGGGAGGGUCGUCUUCACGAAACCAGUCCGAGGGGUCGAGGCCAGACACGAGAGGAAGAGGGUCCUGGGGAAGGUGGGAGAGCCGGGCAGAGGCGGCCUUGGGAACCCUGCCACAGACAGGGGCGAGGGCCCUGUGGAGCUGGCCCAUCUGGCCGGGCCCGGGAGCCCAGAGGCCGAGGAGUGGGGCGGCGCCCAUGGGGGCCUGCAGGAGGUGGAGGCACUGUCAGGGCCUGUCCGCAGUGGGUCUGUGCCAGGUCUCCCGCCGGUGGAGACUGUUGGCUUCCAUGGCAGCAGGAAGCGGAGUCGAGACCACUUCCGGAACAAGGGCAGCAGCCCUGAGGACCCAGGUGCUGAGGUCUGAGAGGGAGAUGGCCCAGCCUGACCACGCUGGCCACUGCCAUCCUGCCGCCUCCCCAGUGGGGCUAGUCAAGGGGCAGCCUGGCCACUGCCCAGCUGGAACGGGAGGAAGCCUGCAGGCUACCUGUAGGUGGCACUGGCGGCCCUGGCUGCAGCUCUGGGCGGCGUCCUCCCGAGCAGAGACCUGCUGAGGCUCCUGGGGUGUGGGGUUUGGGCUGGAAGCACUGGCUUCCUGGUGGGGACAAUAAAGGUUUUGGGUCUUUCUCAGA